AUGGAAAGUACUGCGAAAGAAAUAAUUAGCAAGUUUAAUCUUGAAGAAUUGUUUCCAAAAGACAAUUGUCCAAAAUGCAAUAAAGAUAAAAAUUCUUGGAAUGAAGAAAAAUCAGAAUGGAACCGAGAAGAUAGUACAGAAGUAGCAGUUAAAAUAUUUAAAACCGCUAUCAAUCUUAGUUCUGAAUUCUUGAGAGAGGUGAAAAUUAACCUGGAAUUUCGUUUCUCAGGCUUUGUGACCCGGAUUUAUGGCCUGACUCGUCAUCCUGACACAGGUAGUUAUGCUAUAGUCCUUCAAUUUCAACAAUACGGCGAUUUGAAAAAGUAUUUUCUGAAAAAAAUUGAGAACCUGAAUUGGUUUGAACUUAACAAUAUUCUCAAGGAUAUAUGUGACGGGUUGAGUGUCAUUCAUAAGGAAAAUUAUUGCCACAUGGAUUUUCACACGGGUAAUAUUUUGUUUGGUAUCGAUGGUGUACGGCUCUCUGAUUUCGGUCACAGCCGUCCAGUGAAUGAAAGUCCUAUGGUGGAUAAACGUCCAACAAUACCAUUGUAUACGCCUGAUUGUUAUGUUACUUUAAUGAGACAAUGCUGGCAACCAGUCCCUGAAAACCGGCCUAAGGCAGAAGAGCUAUUUUUUAUGUUCGCUGGAUGGUGUAAUGUUUUGCUUAGUGCUUCAAUUGUGAACAAAAAUAAAUAUGCUGAAGCUCUAGGAUUCAAAAAAGAACUUGAAAUAGAAUGGAUAAGACGACUAUAUAAUCUUAAAGAAAGUCCGCAAAUGAGCAGUCAGUUACACUUCAUUUACCGCAAAUCUAAAAGCCAUAGUUCUGAAAAAGAUGAGUCUGGUGUCAAAGAAAAAUGGUUUGAGGCUCAAGUAAAAAAUUUAGAGAUUCCAUACAAAGAGUUUAAAAUCUCAUCUGAACCUUUGGGAGGAAGUGGGUGUGGAGAACUUAGACUUGCUACCUGGGAAAAUUGCAAGGAUCAGGUAGUUAUUAAAAAAGUUCAAAGAGACGCAGAAGAUUCUGAGGAAUGUAGAAAACAUUUUAUAUAUGAGCUUUAUUUGCAUGACUUAGUUAAAACGGCUGAUAAUGUAAUAAAAGUUUUUGGCUUUACUAAAGAAAAAGACGAAUAUGAAAAAGAAUCACACCUUAUUGUUAUGGAGUUUGCAAACUGUGGUAGUCUCGAAAACUAUAUUGAGGAUCCAAUCAUCUUCAAUCGUUUAUCAUGGCUAGAUAAAAUACAAUUGACGCUGGGUAUUGCAGAAGGUCUAAAAUGUCUUCAUGAUAAAAAUAUUAUUCACCGUGAUCUGCAUCCGGGAAAUGUCUUGAUUCACGAUGGAACCCCCAAAAUUGCUGAUUUUGGUGCUGGGAAGCAAAUGGGCCUAACUACCUCUCAUAGAAAUGGAAAAAUGGGAGCUGUUUGUUUUCGUGAACCAAAAUGUCAUGGAUGUGAUGACAAGCCAAAAUAUCAAAUGCAAAAGUCGUCUGACAUUUAUUCACUUGGCGUUAUUAUCUGGCAAAUAUCCAGUGGUCGAGCACCAUUCGAAACAAUCAAAGAUAAGAUUCCUAAAGAGGAACUAUCUGAAAGAAUUGCAGUUGGUGGCGAAAGAGAAAAAAAAGUUGAAGGUACCCCGGAUAGAUAUGUCUACCUCUACGAAGAUUGUUGGAAGCUUGAGCCAGAGAAUCGACCUAAUAUUGCCCAAUAUAUACCAGUCUUAAUCCCUACCUUACAUGAAUUCUUGAGUGAGCUUGAUAGAGUUCAUAAUGGAAAUGGUGCAUAUUUGAUGUUAGAAGAAAAGUUUACACAGGAAGAAAUUACCGUAAGUAUGAUCAAACAAUUAACUGACGUGGACUUGGAAAAAUUGGGAGUAAAUAAAAUGGGUUGGAGAAAAAAUAUUCAACAUGCAGCAAGCAAAUAUUAA